GGGAAGCGGUCGGUGGCAGCGGCACAGGGGAAGGUGAGGGGCGGGCGGGAGUGAGAGAGCGGCUCCCCUGAGAAGUGGUGGAAUCUGCCGGUUGGGAGAAGCCCCCGGCAUUCCUAGGUUUACUCUUGUUUACCUGUGAAGCCCAAAGCAAGAGCUGUGCUUGUCACCUCUUCCUUUCAGCGUUUGUGAGAAAACUCAGAAGAUGGUGAAUGUUCUGAAAGGUGUGCUGGUUGAAUGCGACCCAGCAAUGAAGCAGUUUCUGCUCUACUUGGAUGAGUCAAAUGCAUUGGGAAAGAAGUUCAUCAUACAGGACCUGGAUGAAACUCACGUCUUUGUAUUAGCUGAGUUGGUUAACUUCCUCCAGGAGAGAGUGGGCGAGUUAAUGGACCAGAACUCUUUUCCUGUUACUCAGAAGUAGAAAGACUAGAGAAAUGAGAUUACUGCAAGUUUUGGAAUAGUGAAUUUCAAUAGCUUGGAUUGUUACUGUUUUAAUAAAUACACUGUGGUUACUAAGUUUCACAUGGGAGUGGGUACUCUAGAAAAUGGAUCAUUUUCAUAGACAUACUCUUGAAUUGUAUUUAUAAGUUUGAAAAAAUCAUGAUAUCUUUAUUAAAAUCCUUAAAAUCAUAAACUUGAGAA